UUAAAUAUUUUUCUUUCGGGACAUGUCUUUGCACAACCAGGAAAAUUGGAGAGGUUGCUAUCGGCUUGACCUGUGCUAUUCUUCGUGUCGUAUGCUUAAAAUGACUCAUAUCCCCCUACCUAACUCUUGGUAACCAUGGAUGGUGAGGGUAUGGUGGCAGUAGUGCGCGGGCUACGGGGUUCAGGACUAGCUGUUACGUUGCUCGACUCUGGACGGCAGUUUACAUUGCUCCCUGAGAAUAAUAGUAAGCAGUCCGGUCAAUGCUCUAUAAGUGGACAUACGCAUCCGGCUCCAGCGACUAAUAUCAGGCAAACAACGGCGUCGCAGUGCGUUAACAAUGUCGCGCGGCGAGAAAGCAGCGUGCAAGCGACGGAUGGGCGGUAUACGAGCACUUAUAAGCUGAUGCAUUGUCAUUCAACACCGACUUCCCCGCCGGAGCAAGUGACGGAGUUUCCUCCACAGAGAGCCGAUACGACGUAUCCUGGUCACGGGAAUUUCAUAGUGGGAGGUCAAGGAAGCGGUGAAAAUUAUUGUUACCCAAUGAAGAGUAAUGAGUUCAGAGGCGCCAUGUGCUGGCCAGACAGAGGUUCCGUCUGCAGCCCCAGACCCUCGCUGCAGCCGGACUCGUUCGCAACAUCCCUCCGAAAGUACCCGAACAUCUGCCAAGAUCGCUCCUCGGAGAUCGUCGAGAGACUCAUUAAUUUCACUCAGACUAAGAAUUCAUACAGAGACAACAGAUAUGCGUCGCCGUCUCGCAAUCUAGACACAAAACUGUCUAAUCAGACAUUCUGUGUUAACGCAAAAUCUAGAAUCACUGGCGGAGAGAGGUCUAAGAGAGGCUACCUUCCUGAAGUUACCAUCAGACCUACAAGAUUUGAAGAAUCGCGAGAAGUCUUUAAACAAGAUCCAUAUGAUGGAAGAGCAAAGGAAACUUGGAGAAAACCAACAUACUGCAAGACGAACGACGUCAGAUACCUCAGGGAUGUGUCGAGAAAUGUGAGGGACGGCAUCCGAAGUUUAUCAGCUCAGGCUAACGAUAGGCCGGAAAGAUUAAAUCCAAGAGAAAGAUCGAACUCUUCGAAUGAACAUCGGAGAGGUCAACAGCAAUGGAGUACCGAAACAGUGAAUAUGGAAAUACAAGCGGCCGUUCAGAUGAUAACGAGAGAAAUUAUGACGACGCCGAGGAUCGCACCCUCUCAGAGAACUGUCGCGGUACCUCUAACACCAACAUUAUCGGAAACUAAACAAAGUUUAGAUGAGAGAAAUGAAGAUACAGACAAUGUUUGUGAAGAGCAGCUUUUAAAUCCAAGAGCACAAUUUAUGGAGACGAAAUUAAGGCUCGUUGACACGAAUGUUCAAACUUUGUCUAACAACGUUGAGUUUAGUUUCCAUAAAAAACAUAAAAGAAGGGAUAGGAUACGCAGCCGUUCUGAAGAAAAACUACAAAUCAUUGAAUUGAUGAAGUACAGAAAUGCAGGCGUUGCCAAACAAAACGCUUUAAAAUCUAGGUCGUAUCGCAAGUUUCAUAGCAAAAGUAAGCCUAGUGAAAUUUUCGUAGAAUUCAUUAAAAAUUUUGAAAAUCAAAUAUUUCACGUUGGUAUACCUGGGAAGAGAGAAUGUGCAGUAGACAAAUAUCGUCAAUCCUUCGCUAAAAUAUUUUAUUCGAGUCCCACUGAUAGUAAAAUACAUUAUGAAGAUGACUUAAAUAAGAUAUUAGAGGCCUGGAUGAAACUUGUACCUUUAAAGUUAAAAGAUAAAUUUGAUAUUGAGAAGGAAAAGAAAUAUAUACAAUAUGAUUUAUUUAAUUAUUUAAAACGUAUCGCUACUGUUCCACCAGAACAAAUCAGAAAAGAAAAACUUAAAGCUGAUAUAUUAGACCGGUUGAAACUUAUUCACCUUGAUGUUAAAAGAAAUAAAGCAGCAACCCUAAAUUCACUAGCGGAAAUUUUAAUACAUAAAGUUACAUGUGUUGGUCGUCGGAGAUGGGACAUUGAUGGAAACAGAAAAGGAAGAGAUGUAAAUCAUUCUUUGUUGAAAAGUCUCCAGACACCGACAGAAAAAGACGUAGAAGCUUUCGUAUUAAAAUAUACUACAUUAUUUUUACAAAGGUUUGGUUUAAAGUUACAAAAAUCACUAAUCAAAGAGAUACAAGACGAAUUAUUAGAUAUAUUUAUAACAUCUAUGGAAGCAAUAACUAAUGGUAAUAUAGAGUUCGUUAAAACAGAUAUUGUACAAUUCCUUCGUAAAUAUGGUUUAUCUGAACAGAAAUCGUAUAAUUUUGCAAAUAUUUUAAUUAAAUAUUUCAAGGAAACAUUUACAAACGAUACGAUUCACCACAAAGUUAGAUCAGAAACACUAAUCGUAUUACCCAAUGUAUGUAGCAAAAGAUCAGUUGCCACAGUCCCUGAUCUUACGAUAGAGAAUAGCACUAACGAUGAUAUUGCUACAAAUUUAAAACAUUUUACAAACAAGAUAUGUCAACAUAUAAAUGAAUGGUUAAGUGACUUAGAAAUACCUCAAGCUCAAGAUAAAGAGUCGAGACAAGCUUUAAUAAACGAGCUAGCUGAAGAAAUAGUUGAAAGGCGUAAAUACCUGGAGCUUAAUCCAUAUCACAAAGUUUCUGAUGAAGCUGAACUUGAGCUAUUUAAGUAUCAAGUUUUCAAAUGGAUUAAAAAGCUCACAGUUCAAGAUAGUUUAGAAGCUGUAGAGCAUGUACAUGAUUUUAUGAAACGAAUUAAGAACAUUCCUGUUACUAUGAUAUCUAGACUACAAGACGAUUACAUCUUUUCUAAACAAUUAAAUGAUACUAAAAUUAUACCCGACAAAUCUGUAGAAUUAAACAUCGUUCCACAAAAAAAUAUAGUUUCUAUAGCCACAACUUGUAAUAUUGAUCAAAAUGCUCUGCAAAAUUAUGAAGAUUUCUCAAAAAUAAAAUCAAUAAUUGGCAGCACUUAUGCACCGUAUUAUAAAAAAGAAGGCAAUGCACAAAUAAUUAAUAUAGCAUUAAACAACAAUGAACAAAAAACAAAUAAAAAUCACGAAGUUAAACCUACGCCCCAGUGCUCUCACAAUUUAAAAAAUACUACUUGUGAACAGAGCUGCCCGAACCAAAACAAAGUUUUGAGUUCAAGUGUUGAUAUUAAAAAUAACGACCAACUUGAGGCAGAGUACGAUCAAUUCAUUAAGGAUUGGGUCCAAGAAAUACCAAUGGCAGCAACCAAUCAAAAGGAAGAGGUUAUAUUGGAGAAGGCGAGAUUAGGCAUAUAUAAUGGCUUAUGGAAAGUAAUAUCCAAACUAAAUUGUGAUCCUUCCACGUACUACAAUCAAUUUCUGUAUGAAGAUCUCCUUGACGAUGCUAUAGAUGAUUUAUUGGAUUGCUUACCUCAGUCUUCAGAUUUAAAAUCUAAAAGACAUUUGCUAAAGGUUAGACUUAUUGAAAAAACUAUUUCUACGAAUAAUCAAAUAAAAGAAAACGAAGAAGCAUCAUAUAAGAAUAAAUUAAUUCAAAAUGUUGUAAUUAAUUUACGAAAACAAGGCAUAACUGAUCAUCGAGACGGAAAUCCCACAGAAUUGCAUGAGCAUAUGCAAAUAACAAAAUUAGUUGAAAGCUAUCUUCUAUUAACAAAAUUCAAAAAUGAGGACAAAGUGAUAUCGAACGUUUACAGAAAAAAAUUGAUAAAAGAAGUUAAAGAUUUUGUUAAUGACUUAGUAAAAAAUCAUGCCAAAGAAUUAAAGGACAUUGAUUUAGAUAGUUAUGAAAAUGAUAUAGUGAAUCUUUUAAAUAAAGUUCCUCUCCCGAGUGAAAAUACAAUAAAACAAGAGGCUGACGACGUUCUCUUAGGCAUUGAAAUAGAACAAUGGUAUGGUGAUUUGCCAAUUGUUUCAAAUAACGAUUACACUGAACAAUAUCAAAGAAGAAAACAGAGAGAUAAUUUAGCUAAAAAGAUAAAAGAAAUCGAGAAUAAGAAUGACAUGGAUUCCUCUGAAAUGGAAUUAAGAAAUGAAGUGUCAAGAUUUCUCGAAAAAGCACCAUUGGAAGAAGGAGAAAGUUUAAACAUAAACUUCAUGGUAGAUGAACUGUUAAAUAGAUUAAAAAAUAAAACGAAAUAUGAUAAAAGUCAUAGUGCCAAGAGUCCUUGCUGCUCUAGUUUUACAAAGCUACCAAAAUCACCAAGAGUUGUCAUCAAAGAACCACCAAGUUAUAGAUUAUUUGAAGAAGAAAGACCCUCAAGUUCAUCAUUCAAAGAAACGUCUAAUAAACAGUGGCAUACUCUACAAAAAACUGUACCCGAUGUUGGUACACAAACAGAAAACAAAACUAUGCAUACACUGCCUCCAUACAUUGAUCCUUCAUAUACUCCUCCUAUAACUGAGACUCAUAUCGAAGCAAUGGACGGAAACGUAGCAGCCGGUACUUCAGAAUCUUAUCACGAACCACAUUAUUUUAUUCCACGUGAAAUCCAAGCCACAAGACAUGAUGGUAGGACAUAUGGCAAAGAACUUAAUGCUGACCCUGGAGUAAAUGAAGAUAACCACGAGAAUAUGUACAUAAAUAAUUUUCCGACAACAUCUCAAAGCUUGAAAGGUACAAGUCCUUAUCGACAAAGAAAUGGCUAUAUAUCUUACCCAAGAGAUAUUUUUACAGAAGAAAUGAAAAAUCAAACUACUAAUGACGAAGAAGAUCAAUUUCUCCUUAAAUCUUCAAAAGUGUCCCAAACCGACAAUAAAACAAAAAAUGUUGCGACAGAACCUGACACUGUUGAUAAUAAAACGAUGGAAUCACUUUUUCGACGUGCAAAAAAUUCUAACACUGCCCAAGUUCCGAAUGACAGAAGAGUACCAAAACUAGAAAAAGAUGCUCAAAGACAAAGAUUUACUUAUGAUUCUGACGAAGAAGAUAAAAUUCCUUGUAACUGUAUCGAGCGAUACCUGAAACAUAGACAAAAAAUGCAAAACUAUCCUUGUGAAGAUUUCGAUCGCCUGCCUUCGUGUCUACCGAUAUUUUACCCUUAUCCCUACUUUAUGUUAUAAAACAUAUUUCUGUAAUAAAUUGUUCCAACUA